AUGACUGAUCAGAGUUCUUCAUCCAAUUUGAAGGGUUAUCUAUUGAAAUGGACAAACUACAUUAAGGGAUAUCAAAAACGGUGGUUUGUCUUGCAAAAUGGUUUGUUAUCAUAUUACAGUAGAAAUCAAUCCGAAGUUACCCACACAUGUCGGGGCACAAUCAAUCUGGCCAAUGCCAAAAUUGUGUCGACUGGACAUUUGACAUUGGUCAUCUCAAACAGCAGUAGUCAAACUUUCCAUCUCAAAGCAGCAAAUGAAAUUGAGCAGAAAAAGUGGAUGACCGCCUUAACAAUGGGAAAGGCUAAUGCUCUCGCUUUGGGAAAGUCAGGUGAUGAUUCUGAUGAUUGGGAUGACGGGGAAGAUGACAAUGAUAUUGCUUGGUCAUCCCCACGAUUGGUGCCAGAAGAUGGUGCUCGUUUAGUUGAACAUGCGCUUUCUCAUUUCGAAAAUCGUAUUAAUGAUCUCCAGCACUAUCAGGAAACUUUAAAAAGGAAGGCUGAUGAGCUCCAAAGAUCAAUUAAUGAACUGGAUGCCUGCAAUCUUCCACCAGAUCAAAUCGAAAUAAUAUGCAAUGUCAUGGACAAGGCAACCGUGUAUAAGGUUGCCAGUUUGGCCAUGGUCAACUCAUGCUCCGACUUUCUGGACUUUGCCAGAACUCAAACGAAACGCUGGCGCCGCAUCUUUAGUGCUCAGGUUGAUCGUCGAGCACACUUAGAGCAAAUGGUUGAAGAGCUGGCCAAACAAAUUCGCAAACUUGAAAUUCAAGCUCGCAACAAGUCAAUGCACUCAGGUGGCGUUUGUAUCCUUAGGUCGUGGGCGAUUCCAGGACAAGCAGUGUUGGUCCGUCGAACCUCGACAGAGACUACGCGCACACGUUCAACUACACUGGGCGCGUGCAGCGGCGGUGGCAGUGGUCUCCCACCCUGUGCCUCCACUGCCGUCUCCAGCAUCACUUCAGAUGAUGAAGACGACUUCUACGAUGCUCAGGACGUCGAAGGCUGUGAAUUUGACGUCAUUCUGCCCACUACGUCCACUUUCGCCAUCGCAGAGAAGUCAUCUAUGACAGAUAUAGCUCUGCCUAACUCUUCUACGGCCUCCAUCCCAGUGGGAUCGGACCUCGCGAUGGAAUAUGAGUCGGAUACCGCGGAUUCGGAUCUAGGAGGAGAUGCUGAAGAGACGGAAAAGGGGCAACAAAAGUUCCGUGGAAAACAGGCGCAUGUCAUUCAAAAGCACGCUUGGGGCAGAGCAGGCCGAGCAUCUGCACAACCUGAGUCACUCCCUGCUGUCAUUCCGGGAAAGAGUGGCGCCGAGGCAGGCGUCUCAGUGGCUGCCGACAGACGCAUCAUCCCCGUGCGUAAACCCGUGCAGCGAAGAACUACUAUUCCUCCAAAACCUAACAUUAGUCUGAACCUUUGGAGCAUCCUCAGCAACUGCAUUGGGAAGGAGCUGACCAAAAUUCCCAUGCCUGUAAACUUCAGUGAGCCACUCUCGAUGCUGCAGCGCCUAUCGGAGAACUUUGAAUACUCCUAUGUGUUGGAUCGGGCGGCAACAUGUGCAGAUCCCGUAGAGCAGUUAGCCUACGUCUCCGCUUUUGUGGUCUCCUCCUACGCGAGCACCGCUCUGCGUGUGAACAAGCCAUUCAAUCCUCUCCUCAAUGAGACCUAUGAGUGCGAUCGCACGGAUGACCUUGGGUGGCGUUCUUUAGCUGAACAGGUCAGCCAUCACCCUCCUGUUGCGGCGUUUCAUUGCGAAAGCGAUCUCUGGUACACCUGGUUCGACUUCUCGAUCUCUACAAAAUUCCGCGGACGCUAUCUGCAAAUAAAAGUGAAUGGUGUGUGUCACCUGGUCUUCCGAAAGACUGGCUAUCACUACACGUGGACCAAGAUUCCUCUCACCGUGCACAACAUUAUCGUUGGAAAACUGUGGAUCGAAAAUAGCGGUGAAAUCGACAUAACCAACCACAAAACUGGUGACAAAUGUCAUCUCACAUUCAAACCCUAUUCCUACUUUUCCAGCGACAUUCCCCGACGGGUAACGGGAGCAGUGAGCGAUAAAUCAGGCAAAGUUCACGGUAUUAUUAAUGGCACAUGGGAUGAAUUCAUCGAGUACGCACCAGUGGUGACCGAUAAACUCUCCACUGGUGGUGAAAAGCCCGUUCUGGAGACCGGGCCACCAGUUCAACUGUGGCGCGUGUCGCCUCUGCCACCAGAGGCCGACAAAAUGUACAAUUUUACCCAAUUUGCCAUUCAAUUGAACGACAAGCCGAAUAAUGAGCCCAACCUUUGUCCCACGGACAGUCGACUUCGUCCGGAUCAGCGCCUUAUGGAGGAAGGGUUUUGGGACGAAGCCAAUGUUGAGAAGGUUCGCUUGGAGGAGAAGCAGCGUCUUCGCCGACGGCAGAUGGCGCUAAUGCUGAUCAACAGGGAAUCCUCGAGUGACGGUGCCUCCUCCACCGUGGCUGAUACCCUCGACGAAGCGCACAAGCCACUCUGGUUUGAGAAGGAAGUCGACCCUGACACCGGACUGGAAACUAUGAAGUUCACCGGUCGAUACUGGGAAAUCAAGGCAAAAAACGACUGGUCCAUGUGUCCUGACCUCUUCUAG